AUGGUUACAGUAACUGGUGUCAAUCUUACGGUUCUUCGUGAACAUGAUCCACAAGGGCGAGAUGUUGAAGUUUUUCACCGGCAUCUGUACUCUUCUGGAAAUGUGGGUCCCACCUCUAAGGGAAGUGUGGGAGCGGAGCUGGCUGAUGGCCUUGUAAUCAAAGAAGGGGAUUAUAAGCUGGUGAAGACUUGUUUAAGUGCAUUCGUCGCUACUCAUCUCCAUUCAUUGCUUCGUACCGAGGGAAUUAAGAGUUUAGUAAUUUCCGGGGUUCGAACUCCGAAUUGCAUUAGACAGACUGUCUUUGAUGCAAUAGCUGUGGACUACCAGCCUGUCACUGUCAUCUUUUAUGCCACUGCUGCUGCUACACCUGACAUACAUGUUGGUAUGUAUUCAUUGAUAGCUUGA